AAAAACAACCCUGUGCCAAAGAGGUUGUAAGGUUGGCCUAACGAAUGCAAUCGUAAAGCGUAAUAAAAAUAAAAUUUUAGUGAUAACGCCAACUAACGUUAAUUAGGCCGCAUUUGAAAUCUGUUUGAAAAGACAAGUAAAACUCGUUUAGUGCAAGUGCAAAGUGAAAAGUAUCAUUUCUCAUAGUGCACUGAAAAGAUAAGCCGCAAUUGAAGAGAAAAAAUUGAUCAGAUAGUUGCAUUACGAAGAAACCAAAUUUGUGCAAUCGUUGGAGAGUGCAAUUCGUUUAAUGCAGUUCGUAUUUAGCAGCGGCUACCAAUGCACUUAAAAUUGCAUUAUGACCAAUCCAAAAAUAAGAAAAUCGAAUAAAACGCCGGCAGCGGAUGUAAAUGUGCAGCAUCAGCAAAACAAUGACGGAGGUGAAAUUUUAAAUGUGCUUGACGAUUCUGGCGACGGGGUGCUAUUGAAUUUAGACGAUUACCCUUUCGAGGCUGAUUCUAAUUCUGAGGGCUUAGAGGAAGAAGAUGAAGCAAACUCUUGUUCAUCCUUCAGUCUACAAGAGUGCAUAAAUGAGUUCCGUGCACGCCGUAUACGACGCCUGUCGACACAAAGUCGCGAAGUAGCGCAAGUAGAGGAACUGGUAAGUGCAUUUGUAGGAGAAAAGAGUGAAAAGAAAGCGUUACCUGACCCAGCCGAUGAGGAUUUAAUCAACCAGAAUCGUUCCAACAAAGAACAGGAACGCAAGUGCAAGCCCUGUCGUGAUGGUUUUUGUUAUUGUUUUACAAGUGACAGCGGUGAGGGUGGCGGCGUGUGUGAUGCUGCAGGAGCGAGCACACGUGGCGGGCACGCUCGUCAUUUGAGGCGCCACAGGCGCUCUGAGUGUCUUGAGAAUACUACAGUGAUACCGCAAUCCCAUGUAAAGCCAGUUGACCACGAGGAUGUUCGACGCGAUAGCGUACCUACUUACUUCAAAGUUCCAGCAGAACAUGUGCAACAAGUCUCACCACAAAAACCGAAGCAUGAUAAAAUUAAACAUAACGCAUCUGCAGAAGCUACUUCUAACGAAAAUGAGCUAACUGCUAUAAGUCGUUUAGAGACAAGUGCACCAGAUGCUCCUUUGAUACAUAUCAUUCAAGAGUUGCACAACAACUGUGUGAUAUCUGAGGUGCGCGUAAAUAAACACAAACUUCAAGCUAAUCGACAAGGUCAGCAUUUAAAUGCGCGACAAGAAUCCAAAUCAUCGCCACAAAAGACUCGGCAACCACAUCCGACUACGUAUAUGCAUGAGCCUACCGCACCACCUCUAGAAAGUUAUAUUUUAGCUGACAAGCAAGCUCAAAAUAAAAGAGAAACAUUUCCUAGACCAGUUCUAGAUAAAAUCAGUGAAUUGGAUUCACUUUCCGAUGCUUUCGCAUACUCCACACCACUGACCAGUAGUUCAAAACACACUGAUACGGGACGACGUAGGCACAAAGCCGGCGGACGUUUGUUGCAAAAGCGUUUAAGUCUUUCGUCGGUGCAUUCUAAGCCCAGACGGUCACUACAAGCACCACCCAAACCACCGCGCACAUAUUUGUGCCUUGAGGAAAAAUCCAGCGCAUCAUCCAUCACAUCUACUUCAACAUCGUUGCGUGAAGCAGAGCGUAUACUCGAUGAGUUCUUGAUUCGAAGAGGUGCAAUGGUGAAAGACAGCGAGGGUAAAACGGACAAAAGUGUGAAAAAAGUAGAUAAAGCCGUGCAGAUGGAUGUAGAGAAAGUGCUUUAUGCCACUGAGAGGAAACGCGAACAUCGCAAAUCUUGUCCGACGAGCUUAAUGGGAGAAAAGUUGCAGCGCCAGUUGGUAUUACAUUCCUACCCCUCGCUUAGUGAUAUCGAACGCUCCGCUUUGGAUUCGAACAAGAAAUAUUGCAAUUAUGAGAAGAAUAUACGACGUAUAGCUGAAAAGCCGGUUAAAGAAAUCAGUUUCGGUUGGAGAGAACCGAAAAUAACAGAUAUGCUCAAUUGUGACACCACUACCAAGCGUCGGCAAUUCAGAUCGCAAGCGGUACAAGCUGAGCCCCAACAAGCUAUUGGUUGGCAAAUGCCACCUAAAGUAAAUCUCGACACAGUCGAUGGUGUAUGUUCCAAUUUGGCUGCAAAUAUAUCAACUAAAAACACACCCAUUAAGUCAACACCCAUCUCAACGCCAAAGAAACCAGGGGAUUCACAAAAAUUUAUUUGGAGUGAGCAAUGGCGUAAUCUUUCUCCGUGGUGUAAUAAGCAAUCGAAAAGUGGGAAUCGUGCUUUGAAAAGUAAUUUGAAAUCUUCGCGCGGAUUCUUGCGCAGUUCGAAGAAAAAAAUUCUUCGUUUAGUUACACCCAAGCGCGAUAAUUUACAACGCGGUAGAAAUUAUUCAUCCCACAGCAUUGGCAUUCAAACGUCUCAGGACGAACUGCAGCCAUAUGAAGCAAGCAUGACACCCCAAUCUCCACCUGGUAGCUAUCACUCUGCAGUACAAACAUCGACGCAGACUACCACACCCACUUGUUCGCAAAAUACUAAUGACACGGCGACCCAAAAUUUCGACUUUUCACGCACUGUCCAUCCACCGCCCAAAAAAGCGCCACGCGCUCACACGCAACGUAAACUAAAUUUUCCACUCGGUGGCUGUACGGAUGGAAAUUGCAUUUCGUGUGAGCAUGAUACCCUCAGUACGCCUAUGAAAACGAAAACGUAUCGCUCGUACCAUGGGGACUUGGAUCAAGAUGUGACUCUUUCCAAGCUAGGUUAUAUACUUGGAAAUAUACGCGCAAAGUUGGAGGCUAGUGACGAGCAUGCAGUUAGAACUUUUCAGGAAAUUGAGCGCCGCGAACAAUGUGCUGCCGGUAUUGAUUGUACAGAUGGGCAGAUUCGACGGCUGGAAAUGCCUGCUAACAUGGAUUUUGCACGGCAGCGCACACAGCAACGCAACGUCUACCAACACGAACCUAUUUAUUCUGAAAUUGAAGAGGAUAGUAUGCACAUUACAGGCACGCCGCAAUAUGAUAACACAACCAGUGCCAAGGAGGUUUUGGCAGCCAAACAGGAUGUAGACGCGUUGUAUGCCAAAGUGAAUAAGACUAACAAAAAGCCUAAAGCACACUUUACACAAGACACUCCGAUUGCAUUGGGAAAGCUACUGCAUGAUUCGAUGCGCAGUUUUAAUACACCCCAAUAUACAUUACAACUGCCAACGCUGCAAGAGCAAUCUGGGAGUGAAACGUCAUACAUGUCGCCCCCGCAACCACAUGCCCGUACAUCGGGCACUUCAACAACCCUCUCACAUUGCCAAUCAUUGAAUAAUGUGCGCGUGCAGGAACAACAUUCACCGCCAAAACGUGAUCGGAACUUAAGUAAAUCGGAUCUGUCACUGCACCGUAGUGAGAUAUUUUUAGACAACCUCUGCCGCAGUGAGUUAAUAGCAGAUAAUAGCGAACUGGAACGUGUAGAGAAAAUAAAUAAUGACGAUUUGAACAAAUCAUGCAGCUCAUUGCGCACCGAUUCUAUUGGGCAGAUAAAUACUUACCGGCACUUUUCUACGUCAACGCCUACUCCAAAUGAUUCCAUAUCCUAUGAUACACCAAAUGACGCAGACUUUGAUCACUUUUCCCAUGGAGAUAUUAGUCGUUUAGGUUUAAGUUUGGCUAGCGAAUCAAUUACUUCUGGUGCACCGAACACACCGAAGAAGCAAAACGCUCCCAAAUUUACAACUAAGUCACAUUUAAGCACUCAGCGGUCUUCUGACCUCAACCUCUCCACUGAAAAUGCCUUUACAUCGCCCUCAUCUUGUCAUCAGCCGAGCAGCAGCUGCCCCGUCACACCACGAAAAGCCCAAUUAGAAUUCCCAGCGCAACUACCACACACCUCCAGCCUUAAAGAGAUGCGACAGGAUGUAAAUGAAGAGCAACAAUGCGCCCUAACACAACAAGAGCAAGACUCGACACAAAAUGAUAGUCUUCAUGGGGCAGCGUUUGCUAAUAGUUGUACUGAAACACCUGCCACCAGUUCAAAUCUUGCACGUUUUCAAAGUUUGAAAAAUGUGUUGCGCAAAUCAUUUAAACGCAGCACAAAUUUCGUGAAAAAUAAAACACGACGUCUAUCUAGCUCCUUUAGCCUCCCUGCGGCACAUAUAGGUUUAUCGAAGAGCAUACACGCACACAAUCAAACCGAUCCACAACUGUAUGCCUCCUCGUCCACUUAUGAUCUGGACGCAUUGUUUGCCUUGGAUGAACAGACGCCAGUAACGCAGCAAUUAGUGCAUGCAGUGAGCAUCUGUAGACAGUUGCCGGAAGUAGAAAUUUCACCUGAAAUGGUGGAAGCUGAACGCUUACUGCUUUUCUCGCGCCUGCGUCGUGAUGUAUGGCCACAGAGAUCGGAAAAGUUGGUGUCGGCAGUAGUGGCAAAAGCUACCGAACAACACACACAACGUUUCUAUGUGGAUAGCAUGCGUUUGCCCAUAAAAGUGGAUGUUAAUCAGGAUUUCUUCUUUAACUACUUCUAUAUAGUGACUUUUGAGUGCGGCGGUGUUAUUAAGUCCACCCAAUCGGCCGAGUGUCACAAUGGACAGGCGAUAUUUAGUGAAUGUGGCAUUGAAUUUGUCGGUGGUUUAGCGCAAGAGGAUGCCGAAAUACGCUGUCAGAUAUUUAUGCUGCGUUUGCGCAAAGUAUCCACACUAUCGCUAGAGCCAAAGCGGCCUAUAGUAAAACUCCCCACUAUACGCACACCUGGCUCCUCAACAACAUCAUCGUCCGGCGAUGAAAUUAUUUCACGAUUUCGACUUCACGCCAGCUUUUCGCUUAACGCUCGUAGUUUUUUGCCAUACGAGUAUGUGGAAUGCGAAUCUAAGAACACAAAUAAACUCUGUUUGCGUGCCAGUGCCAAAACCUGCUUGCUACCGCUAAAACCGCGCACAAAAUCCACAAACCUCGGCACCGAAAUUCAAUUAAAUGGUCGCGCUGAAAUACGUUUGCCCAAACACACACACAGCGGUUUUCUAAAUGUGCAAGAUCCGCACACACUACACAAUUGGAAUCGACGUUGGUGCACAUUGGAUGGUAUACACAUGCGCGUGUGGUCAGAUGAGCAUCAAAUGGACGAUCAACUGCUAUUGACUUUGGAUAUGCAUUCGAAUGCACAGUCAACGCCGUUGCAAGUCGCACCACGAGAGCUGUGCGCGCGGGCACGCGCUUUCUGUUUGCAGUGCUCGCUACAAAAGGGAGGAGAGGAGGUGGACACGGCGGCGGUGUUUUUUGCUGCAGACACACAGGAGGAGCUGGAGGUGUGGCUGGAACAGCUAAAUAUAGUGCUUAAGUUUGUGAAUAAGUGGUUGGGUGCGGGACGGAAUGAUGAAUGUUGAUAUGAGGUGUUUGUUUUUUAUUUUUUCAAAGCGACUCUUGCCUUACAUAACUGUUUCAUUAUAAUAUUCUACAUGCCUUAUAUUUGAUACUAUGUUUUUGUUGUUUUUUUGUUUUUGUAAUAAUUGCAGAUAAAUCUAUUUAAGCGUGGUUUAAAAAAAGUUUAUGCACAUAUAUAAUAACUGUGUAUACAUAUAUAUAUAUUUAUGAAUGUAUAUUUGUCGAGCUAGUCUAGGCGAAUUGUGAGAUAUUCGCCGGGCAUUUUCUUUAGACUUUAAAUUUCAUAGAACUUGAGUGGUAGAUAUGCGGACAGGUUCUGUAAUUUACUUCCGGGGCAGUUUCAAUGCGAUUGCCAGUAAAUUUCAGUGAAAUCUACUCGGAAGGUAAUUACAGAACCUGCCUGGUAGGCUGUAAAAUUUGCGUUCCGAAAGAUGUAGCCCUUCCAUGCGAAGUGUCAUUAACACUCAAGGAAUUCCACUAAAUUUACACGUAAUUGUUUUAAGAUAAUUAGUUUCUGUAUCUCAUGAAUUUUAAGGUGGCGUUGAAAAUUUGUAUAACCUUAAUUUUUGUAAAUCAAUACAUUUGCAUCUAUUUUUUGACUGUAUGCAGCUCUUACAUAUCGAAGUGCCAUUAAAAUUUCAAGUUGAAAUUUACUUUGUAUAAAAUGUUGGGCUUUAAUUAAUUUGUUUUAUUGAUUGUUGUUUUUGUAACAAAAUAAAACAUUCUACAUAGAAUUUUAGGAGCAGCUUCUUGGCUGUAUCCUUAGAUUCUUAAAUAGCACCUAAUAUUAUUAAUAUUAAAUUUAUUUGUGCAAUACUACACCGCGUUGCAUAAUUAUAAGGACACAAUAAUUUUACUAAGAUGUUUGUGUUUUAGAGAAAAUAUUUUUACAUGCACUGUUUACCGCAAGUGUGUUAAGAGAAACAAGUUCACAUAACAAGCAAGCAACAAGAACAACAUCGUUUGUAUUAGGCAAGAAGAGAGUAGUUUAGCGUAAGUUUAGCCUGCCAUCCGAGAGGUUGUGGGCUCGAAUAUAACGUAAAGCACGGUCCUCGCACUUUUAAAAAUUUAGCUACUUUCCCUGUUUCUAAACAAAAAAAAAAUCUGCCAAUUCCAUUCCUCAACCCUAAAAAUUUACCCUUCCAUCCUUGCUCCCGCACAAUAGUCUACGCAUUAUUUGCAUUGUGUCUGCUAAAACAAGCAAAAAAUACAAACACGCAGAGUACACAUUGCAUCAGUGGCGCCUGCAAGAGGAAGCGGCAAACCGCGGUAAUAGCGCAGA